UGACGUCACUAAAUCUGCGAUAAAAAGGCCCGGUCUUCGCUCGCUCUUGCUCUCUCUGGGUGUUUCGAUAUCACAAGCUAAGCAAAGCAAAGUUUUCUUGAAAAGGCUACAAAUAAAUUAAACUACUCCUUUUCAAUUCAUAUAUUUAUUUAUCAAACAAUCUCUCUCUCUCUGUUCAUAGUUCAUCCACGGAGCCAUAUGGAGAGGCCGCGCCGUGAAUUGACAUUCAUGCGCCCCUCCUUCGAUUUUCUCCACCAGAAUCACGGCUUUCCGGAUCGUGCCGUCGUCGCUGAGGACAACAACAUGGACGAUCUUGAUCGCGGUAACUCCGCCAUCAGAGAAUUGGAUUUAUUCUCCACUAAAGGAAACGACGUCGACUGUAUUAAGAACGAGUCCUUCACGACGACGACGACUCGCUUUGACUCCGGCACCGCGGCUGUAAACACUGGAUUGAAUCUCCUGACUACAAGUUCUUGUGGAAAUUCGAUGACCAUAAAUCAAGUCGAAAAACCUAAUCGUCAACUGCGUGAACUGCAAGUGGAGUUAAAGAGAUUGCACCAUGAGAAUUCGAAACUGAGAGGCAUGUUGGAUCAGAUUUCCAAGAAAUAUAAGGACCUACACAGUCAACUAUUCCUUGCAAUGCAAAAACAACAACAACAAUCACAUCUCCAUCAAGCACAACAUCAGAAAAAUGAACAACAUGGCACGUCGUCUGGUCUCAUAAUGUGUGCUCAACAACAACAGAAGUCAAUAGACCCACGACCAUCUGCAGCGUUAGAUGUCAACAUUGACCAUUCCAUCUCCGAACAAGAAGUCUCGGUUUCUCCAUCAAAUAAUAACACAGAUGAACAAGGAAAGCAACCUGCUUCAAUUGAUGAGAGUAUUGACCAAACCUCCCAAACCCCUAAAACACACAACAAGGACGAACAAAUUCAAGAUCAAGUCCCUUUCAGAAAGGCAAGGGUGUCUGUACGAGCAAGAUCCCAGGCUUCAUUGAUUAGCGAUGGAUGCCAAUGGAGGAAAUAUGGUCAAAAGAUGGCCAAGGGUAAUCCAUGUCCACGUGCCUAUUAUCGUUGCACCAUGGCAGGUGGAUGUCCUGUUCGUAAGCAGGUGCAAAGAUGUGCGGAGGACAAGGGUGUGCUUAUAACAACAUAUGAAGGGAACCACAACCACCCUCUCCCACCAACAGCCACAGCCAUGGCUAACACAACAUCAGCUGCCGCGGCCAUGCUCCUUUCAGGUUCACUCACAAGCAAGGAUGCCCUACAAAGUUCUGGCUUCUUACCUUCAAUGAUGCCCUACCCAACAACAAUGGCAACUCUAUCUGGCUCCGCACCCUUCCCCACCAUCACUCUCGACUUAACCCAAACCCCAAACACCAUCCGCGGUCCUCCCACACCGGCUACAUUUUCGUUACCUUUAGACGGCUGUCCGCAACUCAUGGGGCACCCUUUGUAUAAUAUCGUCCCUCCCAAGUUAGCUGCUAUGAGCAUGGUUCCUUUAGGGCAACGGAAUCCUUCUUCAAUGGUUGAGACGGUCACUGCUGCUAUAGCUUCCGACCCUAACUUCACUGCUGCCCUAGCGGCCGCGAUAUCGACAAUCAUGGGAGCACCAAAUGGAAACACUAAUGAAGGUUCUAGAUUUCCUGGCUCGCCUGAUCAGCUUCCUCAAUCUUGCACCACUUUCUCCACCAACUAGGGUGGUUGUACACAUAUGGUGAAUUAUGAGGGUUGCAUAUAUACUUUACUUGGUAUGCUAUAUAUGAACGAGUUGGGUACUGUAAGUAUGAUUAAGGUGAGAAUGUGAUAUAUACGUUUGAUGGGGAAACAUGCAUGUACAAUAAUCGUAAAUACUUAAAAAAAAGGUAUAAAUUUUGUAUAAGACAAAGGUUUUGUCAAACUAAGUGAGGCUUGGAAUAGUCUCUUUUAAACA